AUGUCUGGACUGGAUGCUCUGGCCCAGGGAUCGCAGUACGCUCUGCAGCAGCUCCACGACUCGCACCUCAACCCAGCUCCCCAGGAGCACGAUGCCUUCAGCCAGCCCCAGAGUGCACAAGACCAGAGCGCUGGCAACAAGGCCAGCAGCAACGGAGCGCCCGUGCGACGAAGAAUCAGCCGGGCGUGCGACCAAUGCAACCAGCUGAGAACAAAGUGUGAUGGCAAGACUCCUUGCGCCCAUUGUGUGGAAUUUGGACUUACGUGCGAAUACAACCGCGAGCGCAAGAAGCGAGGCAAGGCUUCGCGCAAGGACAUUGCUGCCCAGUCUCAGAAUCCCGCGACAGCUGGCUCAGACAAUGGCGCCAACGACAGUCCCAAGUCGAGCAAUGAGCACUCCGCUCCCCCGGAAAACGCCAUCGAAAUCGCCCAGAACUCGCUCAAGCGACGGAGGUCGAGCAUUCACCACAUCCCUCCACCACCCCCAAGACCUUCUGUCGAUGGCCAGACCCAGCCUGGAAUUCUACCCACUCCUCGCGCAAAUCACGCAGCUAUGCCCGACCGAACUCCCGUCGGCGUCACUAACUACACAGCUCCGAUGGACGAUUAUCACCGGGGUGUGCUGCAACAACCUCCAUCUGCCGUAGCUCACCACCCCAUGAUGCCUGCCAAUGCUGCUCCCCUCUCUGCUCCGCUAAGUUAUCCAAACGGCAUGACUUUCAACCCCGAAAGUCCUUAUGCUGUACCGAGUCCGCAGAGUCAAAACAACAAUUUCAACACAAAUUUCCGCAUGGGGGAGUCGCCUAUCUCUGCACAUGGCUUAAUGGGCACCUCACCACACGCUGGUUCCCCCGGAUGGCUACAGCUACCGUCUCCUUCUGCUGCUCUGUAUACCAAUUUCCAACAACCCAACAACCAGACCUUGCGCUACCCCGUGCUGAAACCUAUUCUCUCAAGGAUCUCGGCCAUCAUACCAAUCAGCCUUGCUUGCGAUCUUCUGGAGAUCUACUUCUCUAGCUCGUAUAGCAAGUUCAUUCAGCCUGCCUCCCCCUACGUUCUAGGCAUCAUCUUCCGCAAACACUCUUUCUUACGCCAAAACAACCCUCGCACAUGCAGCCCUGCUCUGCUUGCAAGUAUGCUCUGGGUUGGUGCUCAAACUAGUGAAUCUGCUUUCUUGACUUCCCCUCCGUCAGCAAGGGGCAAAGUCUGCCAGAAACUCCUGGAGCUUACCGUUAGCCUCUUGCGACCGCUCAUUCAUACCCCGACUGAGGGUUCUACUCAAGCAGCGAACCCCGUCGUUAAUGGUGUUGCACUCGGAGGCUUUGGCGUGGCAUUGCAUACUGCUAGACACGACAGCGAAGGUGGUUCUACAGGCGCUGCAGGAGCUUUGGAUGAUGUCGCGACCUACAUCAACCUUGCUACCGUGGUAUCAGCAAGCGAGUACAAAGCUGCUAGUUUACGCUGGUGGAACGCAGCUUGGUCUCUGGCUCGGGAGCUCAAACUAGGCAGAGAACUUCCACCCAAUCCGGAUCCCUCAUUGCAACAGGAUGAGAACGCAAUCGCCGAUGGGAACGCUGAAAACGACAUGGGCAUAAACGGCCAACAAGGCUUUAACUCUCGAAGGUUCAGCGGCAUGCCGGCGUCAAUGUCGCAACCCGGAUCCGUGACUGAGGAAGAAAGAGAAGAGAGAAGAAGAGCUUGGUGGCUACUAUACAUUGUUGACAGGCAUCUUGCACUUUGCUACAACAGACCGCUUUUCCUUCUGGAUGCUGAGUGCGAAGGCUUGCUGCAACCCGAAGACGAGUCCUUCUACCAGGCAGGCGAGUAUUACACGACCGAGAACAUGCCUGAAACCUACUACCGACGGAGAGGUCCGCCACUAGAGUGUACUGGACACAGUAUCUUCGGUUACUUCCUGCCAUUGAUGACCAUUCUGGGAGAAAUUGUGGAUUUGAAUCAUACGCGUAACCAUCCACGAUUCGGCAUGCGGUUCAGAAACGGCACGGAUCUGGACGAUAUGGCUCACGAAAUCAGUCUCCAGCUGGAUUCGUACGGACGGAGCUUGGAAGCAUUUGAAGCGCGCUUCAUUCCUGCUGAUGGCACAAAUCCCGAUGGCGCGCAUGUCGACAAUGCUAGUCCGUCGAACCAAUCCACGAGUAGUAAUCGCAUUACCGAAACCAUUCUUCUUACCAAGACGAUUGUGGCUUACGGAACACAUCUAAUGCACACAUUGCACAUUCUUCUGAAUGGCAAGUGGGAUCCGAUAUCUCUCCUAGACGACAACGACUUGUGGAUAUCCUCACAAUCGUUUGUUUCGGCUACUGGGCAUGCUGUCUCGGCUGCCGACGCCAUUAGUGGUAUCCUCGACUACGACCCGGACCUCAGUUUCAUGCCAUUCUUCUUCGGCAUAUAUCUUCUCCAGGGUAGUUUCCUGCUGCUGUUGAUCGCCGACAAGCUACAAGGAGAGGCGAGCGCUAGUGUCGUCAAAGCGUGUGAGCAGAUUGUCCGAGCGCAUGAAGUCUGUGUCGUGACUCUGAACACAGAGUAUCAGAGAAAUUUCCGCAAGGUCAUGCGCAGCGCUUUGAGUCAAGUCCGUGGACGCAGUCUUGAAGACUUUGGCGAGCAACAGCAACGCCGCAGGGAGGUGCUUGCACUAUACAGGUGGACAGGGGAUGGUUCUGGGUUGGCGUUGUAG